AUGGAUGCGGCCACGAAGAACAUAUCUGUCCAGAAGGCCCAAAACAUUGCCUUCAACAUACCGAGCUUCGAGAAGACCACUGCCCUCGACAAAGCGUACGAGUCAUUCUCGUCGGACGCGCGCGGCGGGAGCAGCUUCCUGGACUUGGUCAUACGGCUGGUGGAGGUCAACCACAAGAGCGACGAGCUGUCCGUGUACGGCGUCAUCGACCGCAGCGAUUCGGCCACGGUGCACUCCAGGGUCAACGCCAUGUACGUGUACAGCCUCAACGUCGUCAACGUGAACGCGGCGUUGCUGGCGCUGCCCUUCUUCGCUCAGGGCGCGCCGCUGUCGGUCACGUACGGCAGCCUGGGCGCUAUCGUGGCGCACGAGAUUAUCCACGGCUUCGACGUGAGCGGCCGCCUGUACGACGAGGUGGGCGGCUUCGAAGACUGGUGGAGCAACGCAACCAACGCCGCAUACCGCGAGGCGAGCGCCUGCUUCGUCGAGCAGAUGCGAAGCCUCGCCAGCUCGGCGAACGCGGGCUCGGUAACGCUCGAAGAGAACACCGCCGACAACGGUGGCGCCCGCUGCGCGUACGACGCGUACGUGCUCGCGGCAGAGCGAGCCCCAAACGUCGUGCAGCUGCGCGGGCUGGAAGCGUUCGAGGAAGAGCAGCUCUUCUUCGUCGCUUACUGCUACAAGUUCUGCGGGAUCGAGCGGCCUUCCUCGGCGACGCAGCGCUUCGCCACACAUCCUGCGGACAAGCUGCGCUGCAACGUGCCGCUUCUCAACAUGCCCGAGUUUGCGGCCGCGUUCGAAUGCGAGCUUGGAGCGGCCAUGAAUCCGGCGCGUAGGUGCGCAGUCUGGUAGG